GCCCCGGAAGGAUCCUCUGUGGAUGUCCUGCUGCUACAUGUCCGCGCAGAAGACACUUUAUGUGAUCUUUUAUUCUCAGCAGUGAGACCCAUGAGGUCGGAACACAAGUGCAUAAAUGGACCGAACACAUAAAACGUCGCUGCAGUUCGUUCUGCAACUAAGAUGAGGAGAUACGAAGUCGCUAGGUUAGCCGUGAUUGUAGCACAUGCUAGCUGAUGCUAACUGCGCUAGCUGCGCUAGCUGAUGCUAACUGUGCUAGCUGAUGCUAACCAUGGGAAAGAUGCUGGAACGACAGACGAGGUGGGCUACAAAUGUGCAAUACAUGAAUUCAUGUAGGAUGGUGAUCAAUGGCUGAGGUUGACUGCAGAUAUCCAGUCAUGAGAGAAGAAAGCAUGGCCCAAUGUUCGGGUGCUUUGUUUGAGGACCUGGACUUUCCUUGUGCGGACUCAUCUCUGUUUUCUGACAGCACCACACCCAUCGCCAGGCUGCAGGGAGAGAUCACCUGGCGACGCCCGCAGGAGAUCUGCCAGUCACCUGCUCUCUUCCCUUCAAACAUCAACCUGGCUCAUGCAAAACAAGGAUUGCUCGGAGACUGCUGGUUUCUCUGUGCAUCCAGUGUCCUGCUUAAGAACAAACGGCUUUUAAACAAGGUGUUUCCAGCAGAUCAGCCUCUGUGGGGAAACAGCAGAUACAGGGGGUUCUUUCGGUUUUUCUUCUGGCAGCAGGGGAACUGGACAGAGGUGACCAUUGACGACCGCCUGCCCUGCUUCAAAUCCACCCUUUGCUUUUCACACUGCCACUCCCCCUCUGCUUUCUGGGUAGCUCUGUUGGAGAAGGCCUAUGCAAAGCUUCAUGGUUCAUAUGAGCAUCUGUGGGCGGGGCAGGUGGCGGAGGCCUUGGUGGAUUUGACCGGUGGUGUAGCUGAGCGGUGGAGCCUGGGCGACUUUGGGUCAGAGGAGGAGCAGCGAACAGAGCGGGACAGUGAUCGAGUCCAGAAGAAAAAGCUAGACCUGAACCUUCUGUCUCACGUGAAGGAUGACUGUGCACUGAGCUGCUCCACCCACGGUGCCCCUGGAGGACUCGGUGUGAUGGGUCAGCAUCAUGCUCUGACGGUGAUGGAGUGGCUGAACGUGAAGACGGUGUCAGGGAGUGAGGUGUGGCUGCUCAGGAUCAGAAACCCGUGGGGACGAUGCUGCUGGGGCGGUGCUUGGACUUGGAGUGGUGUCGGAUGGAGCUCUCUUGACCCGGAUUGUGCUGUGGACUUAAAGUCCAGGUUGGCCGAGGGUGAAUUCUGGUUGGACGAGGCUGAGUUUACGUCCCAGUUUGAUGAAAUCACAGUGGGAUAUCCCAUGAGUGAAGAGGGACACUUGAAAAGCAUUUACACAGGAAAUUUUCUCACACACAGUCAUCAGUUGGCCGGACGGUGGGUAAAAGGGUACUCUGCUGGCGGCAGCCGAAACGCCAGCAGCUACAGCAGUAACCCCAAGUUUUGGCUCAAAGUGUGCGAGAGAGGAGAAGUAUUGAUAUCUUUGCUGCAGCAUCGAAAAUGGAGAAACAGGAAAAACGCACAAAAGUCACUCGAGGACGGCAAGAACAUAAAGCACCAGCACUACCAAGCGAUUGCUCUGCACAUGUGGAAGGUGGAAAAGAAGCAUUUUAAUCUGAGUCGGACGUUGAUCAAACCAAUUUGUGCUUCUACUCACUGCCAUGCCUAUGAGAGGGAGGUGGUCCUCCGCAGGCAGCUGGAUCCUGGAUACUACCUUCUUAUUCCCAGCACCUACCAGCCAGGAGCCGAGACCCACUUCCUUAUACGGGUCUUUUCCUCCUCCUCCAUAUCACUCAGUGCCCUGAAAAGCCCAGCACCCUCACUGCCACUGACAGCAGAUGGUGAGUGGGAGACCACUUCCUUCUGUGGCUCGUGGGUAGAGGGAAGGACAGCCGGAGGAAGCAGGAACUUCCUCUCCUACUGGCAGAACCCCCGCUUCUCUUUUACGGUGUGCGAUGAACCAGAUGUGCCAUCUGGGGUUAAUGUGAAGAUUAGUCUGCACCAGAGCUGUCCUGACACUGAUCUGCUGCCUAUUGGCUUCCAUGUUUAUAAGGUACCCAGGGGGGGAUCUGAGCAGAUGACGGUCAAAGAGGAGAAUCUUGUGGCGAGCUGCACCCCCCACUGUCACACGCAGGAUGUCAGUCUAGCCUGCACGCUUCCUCCUGGAUCGUACACCAUCGUGCCGUCCACUUAUCAGCCGGACUGCUCAGCGAACUUCUCCCUCAGCCUGGCUCGCAGAAUACACAGAAAAGUGGUGAAAAGCCAGGAGCAGCUUGGAAGAAUGAUUCAGGAGGUCUCUCACGUCUCUGUGAUGAAAAAGUAGAUUUUGGGACUGUUGCUGCUGUACUGAUGUCAGCUCACCACGCUGUGCCUCUUGGCCCACGAUGAAACAACCAGCCUCGCCAUCAGCGCUCACCACAGAAGGCAGGCCUGUGUUUGUACGUAUGUACCUUGGAGUGGCUGACAGAAGGAGGAGACAGAUCACUGAGGCUCUUGGUUCCUGUGCAGCUACACAAUGAUUGCUGUGAUUAGAACAUCAGAGGUUUUCGGUGGGCCGGGCUGCUAAUGAAGUAUGACGGGGCUGGCUGGUGUAAAUAAACAGCGGCUACUGAAGAAUACCACCACUGCAUUCGCUCACUGGUGCGCCUGCGGCCCAGAACAAAGAGGCCUCUCAUGAAGAUCCUCAUACUGUAGAGGCAUGGGGGACAAGGGGUGAGGGACUGGUCGACAAAAGCAGAGCCAACCACGCAUCACCGAGUCAUACCAUCCCAAAGCUUCUCACCCAUCCUUCCCCACCAUACACUGAGACUAUGUGGCUUGCAUUUUCACCAUGGACAUGAUUAUUUUAUUGUAUUAAUGUACAAAACAACUUGCAUCUGCAACAAAAACUAAUGCCAAACUGCACCGUUAGUCCACUCCAUUCCCAUCCUCGCCCUCCACCUUCUGUUUAGCCUGCCCGCAGAUUCAGUUCUGCAUGGACCUGAACAGGGCCUUGGUUUGAAGUC